UCAAACUUUCCCUCAUUGCAAAGCUACUUUUUACCUUCUUAACUUAGGCUGCUCUUUUUUCAAUGACUCUGGCUAAUGAUUUUGGAUAUUCAACUGCUAUGUCUUCAUCUUUUCCAGCUCUACACACUACUAUAGAAGACAGAUACCACAAGUUUCCCAACUCUUUCUGGGGUUCAUCAGGGCAGGAACUGAUGAACAACCAUGUGCCCUAUCAGGUGGUCAACUCUGGUGGUGGAUAUUUGUCUGGUUUCUGCAACGUUUCAGCCGUCUCAGCUCAUGGAAGGACUUCCCAAAGCCACCCACCUGUUUCCACCAUGCCAAGUGAUAGAUUGUUUAUGCAAGAUUGUCAACAAUCCUCUUCACUGAUUAAUCAUCACCCUCAGGGGUUCUUUGAUUUUCCUGACCAUGUUUCUACUCCUAAUCCACAAGAAGAUGGUGGUGGAGUAAAGGUGGUUUCAUCCAUGGAACUCCAUGAGAAAAGUGAUUGGCAAACUUGGGCAGAUCAGCUGAUAUCUGUUGACAAUGGUUCAGAACCUAACUGGUCUGAACUUCUUGGAGAUCCACCAAGUCCACACAAUCCAAAAUCACAGGUUCAGUUUCAUCAGCGUCCACAACAAAUACUGACACCAUCUUCAGAUGAGCCAAGGCAAGAGAUAAUAGCUAACCAGAAGCAGCAGCAUCAAGCUGUUUCGUUGGAAGAGCAUAUCAGUGGUAGAAACUCAUCAGCUAGUGCAGCGACAUCUAAACAACGUAUGAGAUGGACACCAGAGCUUCAUGAGGCGUUUGUUGAAGCUGUUAAUCAUCUUGGUGGUAGUGAACGUGCCACGCCUAAGGCUGUUUUGAAGCUCUUGAAGAACCCUGGAUUAACCAUUUAUCAUGUUAAAAGCCAUCUACAGAAAUACAGAACAGCUAGGUAUAAACCAGAGACUUCAGAAGCUACAGGAGAAUCUCAAGAGAAGAAGAUCACAUCCAUUGAAGAUAUAAAAUCUCUUGACAUGAAAACGAGCGUUGAGAUCACACAAGCUCUAAGGUUACAGAUGGAAGUUCAAAAACGUCUCCAUGAGCAGCUAGAGAUCCAACGGUCCCUGCAGUUACAGAUUGAAAAACAAGGCAGAUACCUACAGAUGAUGUUUGAGAAACAACAACAGUUGCAAGAGAACAAGAGCUCUUCCUCAGAGCUAUCACCAAUGCAAUGUACGGGCACAUAUGCAGAAGUAGAGUUUGGUUUUGAGGCACAAGUAGAGAACCAAACUGAAUCUGCUUUAGCAUCAAGGAAACGAGGCAGAGAUGAUUAGUAGAUUAAAAAAACAUGUUUUAAGGUUGAUUUGUGGAAAACCAAGAGAUGCAAUAACUCAAGUUUUGUUAUAAAGAAAAUUGUUUCUUCCCUAGCUCUGUGUUUUGUUCUGUUUAGGAAGCAGUUGCUUGCAACACAAGUGAAGUGCUUAAGAUGAUUACAUAUGAGGUUUUUUUAAAAAAAAUAAAUGUUAAAUUUAAUUUAAAAAGCC